AUGGAGACCAUAGCCUGUAACAGAUCAGAGGACUCGUCAACCAUCUUCUACCUUAUGGGCAUCCCUUCUCUGCCAAAAUCCCUCUUCCUUCCUAUUUUCUUCAUCUUUUUUCUCCUUUACCUGCUCAUCCUGGUGGGAAAUGCCCUGAUCCUAGUGUCUGUGGUGGCAGAGCCCAGCCUCCACAAACCCAUGUACUUCUUCUUGAUCAACCUCUCAGCCCUAGACAUAAUUUUCACAACUACCGUCCCCAAGAUGCUGUCCCUAUUCUUGCUUGGGGACCAUUACCUCAACUUCUCUGCCUGCUUCCUGCAGAUGUACCUUUUCCACAGCUUCUCCUGCUCUGAAGCCUUCAUCCUGGUGGUCAUGGCCUAUGACCGCUAUGUGGCUAUCUGCCGCCCGCUGCACUACCCUGUCCUCAUGACCCCACGGACCAAUGCUGCACUGGCAGCCAGUGCCUGGCUCACCGCCCUCCUUCUGCCCAUCCCAGCAGUGCUGCAAACCUCCCACAUGGCUUUUGACAACACUGCUCACAUCUACCACUGCUUCUGUGACCACUUGGCUGUGGUCCAGGUCUCCUGCUCUGACACCACCCCCCAGACCUUCAUGGGCUUCUGCAUCGCCAUGGUGGUGUCCUUCCUGCCCCUUCUCCUGGUGCUUCUCUCCUAUGCCCACAUCCUGGCCUCGGUGCUUCACAUCAGCUCCCGAGAAGGACGCUCGAAAGCCUUCUCUACCUGCAGCUCCCACCUCCUGGUGGUUGGUACCUACUACUCAUCCAUUGCUGUAGCCUACGUGGCCUACAGGGCUGACCUGCCCCUCGACUUCCACAUCAUGGGCAAUGUGGUGUUCUCCAUUCUCACCCCUGUCCUCAACCCUCUCAUCUACAUGCUGAGGAACAGGGAUGUCAAAGCAGCCAUCACCAAGAUGGCAUGUCCCUGGGGCCCAAAGAAUGCUGGGGAACCCUGA